CUCACCUUCUACAUCGAGACCGACGCACAGAGAGACAUACAGACAAACAAGAAUACCACGGUUGAACGAUAGACAUGACUUCACAAUGACUUUAUGAAGACGCUUUAGGAAGACCUCACUCAUUUGAGAAUGAUGGAAUGAUUCCCAGCAAGCACGCGCCGUCGUCCAAGUUAUAGUACAAGCAGUCGCAUUCUCCUCACUAAAACCGCCACUCCUACCACAUGCCACGAUGCCGUCGCGCGAGCGUGAGACCUCAGUUGGAGCCGCGAACGCGCUCGCCCCGGGCUCGCUGAAACGACACAAGACGCUGCCCCAUCCCAAGCGCGACCGAUCCACCGAGACCUACUCCUCUCCCCCGUCGACAGCGACCCAAACCAUGUCCGUUGACUCCGACGUCUCUCCCCCAUCAACAUCGUCCUACGACCUCAGCCCACGAACCCUCAAGCACGCAUCCAAACGAAUAGGCCUGCCAGACCUCCCGCCAACUCCUCCGGCCCAUUCGCGGAAUCCCUCUGACGAAAGCCAGACCCCAGCCGUGCCAUUCAGGGCGAAUGGCACAGCGACCGAUUCGUCCACCCCGAACACCCCGCCCAACGUCCACAGUCCGCCUACUCCUGACUUCACGCCCCCCCGAAACCCCCGACGCGCAUCGUUGAUGCGUCCGCCCCCCAGUGAGAGGAAUUUAUCGUCACGCGCUGAGUCGUUCAGGACAGCACGAGAGAACCAGUCUUCGGAGGAGAUUUGCUCUGCAUUCACUCCGGGAGAGUCCACCCCGAUGGGUCCAGAGCCACUGCAUGUUGGGUUGGGGCUAGACUUGGAUAUAAACAGGCGUCGAACCCCGACGCCGGUACUGCGUCAGAAGUUUUCCUUUGAGGACGACGAAUUUCGCCGCUUUGACGGCGACUGGAAUGUGACAGACCGAGUGGACUACAAGCAGAGAUAUCGCUGGGACGAGGAUCUCAUGAAAAAUGUGACGGUUCGGAGGCGGACGUCGCGGAAACCGUAUCGUUUUGACGAGAGUCCUGUUAUGCAGGAGGUGCGCGUUGAUCGCCCUGUCGCGCCGACAAACGCGACGAUUCAUUUGCAGGAGUUUGGGCUGGGAAAUGGCACGUCAGACAUGGUAAAAGAUGUUAGCUCGGCAGACACGCUAAGAGGGAGCGAGGUGAACCGGCAGUUGUGGCCUGAGAAGGCGAAAGCGGAGAGCCCUCCGGCACCUGAUGUACAGCGGUUCUCGUCGAUGUCAGGAAAGUCUAAUGCUACAACUAUUGGGGCUGUCGUCGUCGUUAAUUCACCCCCAACUCCGCGAAGAACGCUACGACAUACUAAGAAGCAGUAUGGGCUGCGGGAUUUUACUCCUCCGGGUCUUCCAACUGCACCAGCAGUAACUAAUGGCCAGCCCAACGGAGCAAGUGAAGUUGCAAGCCGGAUCAUUAACAGGAGCAACGGAUCCUCGAGGCCUAACCACAACAGCCUUAACUCCACCGCGACCACCACAGCAAGCACCAGGUCACGCAGGAGAAUCAUCUCUGAGGGCGCUAUCCCUGUCGUCGUAGUCCCUGAGCGCCGCUCCUCAGUGAAGACCGCCCAGGCCCGCUCACUCCGCUCAGCAAGCAGCCGUCACAUGAGGAAGAGCGUAUCUUUGCAGUCUGCUCCCUUGUCCCAGUCAGCUGGGUCUAACAUCCCCGGUACGAUCGAGCAGCCCACCAUCCGACAGAGGCGAAUGUCCGAUUCUGCCACAUCCCGGGUGCAGUCUGAACGCAGUACUGAUGGCCCGCCUGUGAUACCGGAUCGCCGCUCAUCUCUCUCCGCGCCGACGAGCAGGAAUACUUCCCGCUCGGGAUCCUUAACCGCAGAGAGCCUCCGGGCGCAUAAUGCCAUUCAAGCGGUUCAAGCAGCCAAACUCGCUGCGCUAGCUGCUCUCCCACCGGCUGUGCCGCCUAAGGAUGGUGCACCACUUAGAAACACGCUGACGGUUGAUACCAAUGGGGACCCGUUCUUCGGCCAGCGACUUUCGGCGCAAGUUACGCCGUUCUCACAGUCAUCGCACGACACGCAUGGUACAGCACUAGAGAUAUCGGAAGCUCUGGCUAUAAACCUGUACCCGCACCAGAACAGGUCUGUACUCGUGAUCGAGCACGGCCCUCUGCAGCCUCGGUCUGCGCCCAAAGGUCGUCCAAUCCAUCUCCGGACCUCCUCCCUCCCUCUCGCAACCGAACCAGAUCCUAUGACACCCCCUCAACGCGCCCACCCACUCGAUAUGGAAGCAGACUCCCCGCUCCGCAACCCGCGCGACCCCCCACAACCGCCACUCAUAAAAUUCAUUCCUCCCACCCCCGCUGCCGUUUCCCCUGAUGACGACACUAAACAAAUUGGCCACGAUUUCCUUUCCGGAGAAGCAAACACUAUCUCAGCCGUGCCACCUGAACGUCGUCCGUCCCUCCUGCAACGUGCCCUCUCCGCCCACCGCCGUGAGAGCAUGUCCAUCUCCACCAUUCUGCCACGGCGCUUUUCCCUAGGUCGCCAGCCGCAGAAUAGCGUCGAUACCGCAAGUCCGCACACGUACCCUACCAUCUCCGACCAGCCUGCCGACACGUCGCGCCUACAUCCAUUUUGGCGCCCUGCGCGCUUCUGGGACGACCUAGACAGCGACGAUGAGUAUUCUGACGACGAGUGGGAUGACCCCAACUACUACCCCCUGUCAGCAAAUGUGCAUCCUGCGCUGUCGGCGCCGAAGCGAAGUCUCUCUUCGGUGUUGAAACGCACGUUCUCCAUCAUGCCCGCGCGCGAUCACGAGAUUGGGUUUGGUGCACCGCGCCGCACGAUCCGGCGAUCGGGGUCAGGUAACCUGCGUGUUGUCCAGAGGAACAAUGGUAGCGUGGGGAGCGUGGGAGAGUACCUGCGCUUUGCGAGCGCGCGGCAGGGGAUGCGGAAUUCGAGCGCGCCGGUGGAAGGGAUGUCGGGGAGCGAUAGUCGGAUGUCGAGGGAGUGGAUGCGCGAUGUUGGGUUUGGGAGGUGGAAUUUCAAGGCCGGGGUGAGGUGGGUGAGUGUUUCGGGGGUGGAGCGGUGGGCGGAGCGAAGGAGGGAGAGGAGGAGAGAGGGGUUGAGGAGGAGUAUUAGUGGGCCGAGGGGCGUGAGGGAUGGCGUUGAGGAUGUGCUUUGA